GUCUUCCUACAUGGUUGAUGUACAAAGGGUGAAGCAAAACGACAGCUCCACGAUCCACAGCAUUACACAGGAUGACCUGCCGCUCACAGAGCCAUCGCCAAAAGGACCAGUUCUGCCUCGGAGCUACGAACAACCAACAACCACCUGUGGUGCGCAGCGGAUGAAGCAGAAUUCAGACGUUGAGCGCCGCAGUCCCGAAGGUGAGAGGCGGAGUCCCAGCGAUGACGAAAAGGAUGACGAAGAGUCAUCGGCUGAGAUCCACAACGCUGAGGAAUACAAAGCGAUCUUUCAGCCAAAGAAUGCCAUCUGUAAGUCACUACAGCACCAACAAGGCCACUGCUUCAGAUUUAUUUAUUUAUUACAUAUUUAG